AUGGCUGCUGGCUGGCAUGGCUGGGAUGCGUCGUCCGAGCCGUAUGACCCCUACAUCCCCGCGGGCUCCAGCUCCGGUGCCGGCGGUUCUUCGUCGGGUGCGCAGGGUGGAGCGCAGAACCAGAAGAUUGCAGACAUUCAGGCCCAGAUCGACUCGACCGUCGACAUUAUGCACCAGAACAUUACCAAGGUCGCCGAACGCGGCGAGCGUCUCGAUGCGCUCCAGGACAAGACUGACAACCUUGCCGUGUCGGCCCAGGGCUUCCGCCGUGGUGCUAGCCGCGUCAGGAAGCAGAUGUGGUGGAAGGACAUGAAGAUGCGUGUCGUCAUCGUGGUCGGCGUCUGCAUCCUGAUUGUCAUCAUUGUGGUGCCCAUCGUCAAGGCGGUCAAGUAA